CGCUGCGCAGGGCGAUGGCGACCUUCGUGCAGCUGAACACCGGGGCCAAGAUGCCCAUCCUAGGGCUGGGCACGUGGAAGUCCCCACCAGGGAAAGUAACAGCUGCAGUGACGGCUGCUAUUGAUGCUGGGUACCGUCACUUUGAUUGUGCCUAUGUGUACCAGAAUGAAAAUGAAGUUGGGGAAGGGAUCCAGCAAAAAAUCAAGGAAGGUGUUGUGAAACGAGAAGAUCUCUUCAUUGUCAGUAAGCUGUGGUGCACGUUUCAUGAAAAAUCUCUGGUGAAGGGAGCGUGCCAGAAGACUCUUGCUGCCCUGAAACUGGAUUACCUGGAUCUCUACCUCAUCCACUGGCCUGUUGGUUUUAAGGCAGGAGAGGACCUGUUUCCCACAGAUGACAAAGGCAUGUCCAUACCCAGCAACACGGAUAUUCGACAUACGUGGGAGGCCAUGGAAGAGCUGGUGGAUGCUGGCCUGGUAAAAGCCAUUGGUAUCUCCAACUUUAACCGUGAGCAGAUUGAAAGAAUCCUGAACAAGCCGGGACUGAAGUACAAGCCUGCAAAUAACCAGGUUGAAUGCCAUCCAUACCUUACCCAGGAGAAGCUGAUCAAGUACUGCCAAUCCAAAGGGAUUGCUGUGACAGCGUACAGCCCCCUUGGCUCUCCUGACAGACCGUGGGCUAAGCCGGAGGAUCCUUCCCUUCUGGAUGACCCCAAGAUCAAAGAGAUUGCAGCCAAGCACAACAAAACCUCAGCACAGGUUCUCAUUCGAUUCCACAUCCAGAGAAACGUGAUUGUGAUUCCCAAGUCUGUCACACCAGAGCGCAUUGUGGAGAACUUCAAGGUGUUUGACUUUGAAUUGACUAAGGAGGAGAUGGCAACCAUUCUCAGCUUUAACAGAAACUGGAGAGUCUGUGAAAUGAACACGUGCAAAACUCACAAGGACUACCCUUUCCAUGCAGAAUACUGAAGAUGG